AUGUCAGACAUGACAGCAGGAGCAGCAGCAGCAGCAGCAGCAGCAGCAGCAGCAGCAGCAAAGGAAAAGGCAGCAGAGGAGGAAGGGUCGCCUCACAAGACAGGCGAAGAGGAGGGUGAAUUCCCCAGUGCCAUUCCACGGAUGCACGUGGGCGUGCCUCUUCCCUUAAAGCCAGAGGAAAAGGCAGAGGAAGAGGAAGGGUCACCUUACAAAACAGGUGAGGGGGAGGGUGAAUCCCCCAGUGCCAUUCCACGGAUGCACGUGGGCGUGCCUCUUCCCGUCCGCCCAGGCUCUUCCCUGCCCUCCCUCAAGGCCAAACCCUCUUUGCUACAGAAACCAGUCGCGCCGGCUGCGCAACAACAGGGCCAGCAGUCGACCUUUGAGGCGCCGCAAAAGGUGCAACCGCAGAGCCAGCAGGCGAGCUUUGAGGCGCCGCAAAAUGCGCAACGGCAGGGACAGCAGUCAACCUUUGAGGCGCCGCAAAAGGCGCAACCACAGGGCCAGCAGCAGUCGACUGGAGCGGCUCAGGUAGAGAGAGGGAGUGAGGGAGGUAGGGAGAGAGGGAAUGUGAGCAGGGAAGGGGGUGAGAGGGGAGAAGUGGUGAUUGCUGUGGAGAGGAGGUGGAGGAGGGACGGAGGAGUGUGGGGCGUGGGGGUGGGAGCUGGGAAGGAAGGGGCGGGGGGAGAAGCAACGGAAGGAAGGGAUGUAACAGAGGAGGGGAGGGAGCGGAGAGGAGAUGGUGUUACAGGCACGGUAGCAGCAGGCACGGUAACAGGCACGGUAGCAGCAGGCACGGUGGCAGGAACGGUGGCAGGAACGGUAGCAGGUACGGUGACAGACACGGUGACAGGAACGGUAGCAGCAGGCACGGUAGCUGAAGGCACGCCGGCAGUAACGGGGAUCAGAGGAGCGGAGCGGGCGAGAGGAGGGGAGGGGGUGAGGGUAGGGGAGGGUUCGAGAGUCAGGGAGGGGGUGAGACGGCCGGAAUGGGUGGCCGAGCAAGAAGGGCUGAGGAGGAAGAGAGGAGGAGCAGAAAGAGGUGCAACAGGCAGAGGUGCCGCCGCCGCUGCUGCUGCUGCUGCUGCUGCUGCUGCUACUACUACCAUUCCAAAAUCAGCUUUUUCGAAAUCUGCUUCAUCCAAAUCGGGCCGUUUCAAAUCGGCUGCUUCAAAAGCAGCAGCAGCAGCUGCUGCUAUGUCCAAAACGGGGAUAUCAGGGGCAGAGAAGCGGGAGCACAGGAGAACGAGCAAGGCAGAGAGGCGAGCAGCCAGAGAAGCAGCAGCCAACGCAUCUGCCCCCACUCGAGCCGAGAUAAUCGAAGUGGGAAAAGCAGGAAUGGCGGUUAAAGACCUAGCGGGACUUCUAGCGGUCGGCGAGGGGGAUAUAGUACGCGCACUGUUCAUGAAGGGCGUUAUAACGAACGUGAAUCAGGUUCUUAACGAGGAUAUGGUGGCGGUGGUGUGCGGGGAGUAUGGGGUGGAAGUGCUGGGGCCGCAGGAGGGCGGCGUGGAGGAAAGUGCGAGGAAGGUUCGUGAGUUUGUGGGGGAGGAAGAUAAGGAGCAUCUGGUGCCGCGCCCGCCUGUUGUGACUGUGAUGGGACACGUGGACCAUGGGAAGGUGAGACACGUGGACCAUGGGAAGGUGAGACACGUGGACCAUGGCAAGGUGAGACACGUGGACCAUGGCAAGACGUCACUGCUCGACUACAUUCGGCACACCAAGGUGGCAGCAGGGGAGGCAGGGGGGAUCACUCAGGCCAUCGGCGCUUACCGCGUGCACGUGCCCUCUGCUGCUCUUGCUGCUGCUGAUGGUGCUGCUGCGAAUGGCGCUACUCGUGGUGCUGGUGGUGAUGACGCUGCUGCUGCUGCUGAGAGGGCUGCAGCGGAGACUUGUGUUUUCCUCGACACACCGGGGCAUGAGGCCUUCAGUGCUAUGCGUGCCCGCGGUGCACGUGUCACGGACAUAGCAGUGGUGGUGGUGGCAGCAGACGAUGGGGUCAUGCCGCAGACCUCAGAGGCCAUUGCACAUGCGCGUGCUGCCAACGUUCCCAUGCUGAUUGCAAUUAACAAGAUUGACCGGGAGGGUGCGAGUGUGGAGAGGGUGAAGCAGCAGCUGGGGCAAGCAGGCGUGCUUCCGGAGGAGUGGGGAGGGGACACACCCAUGGUGCCGGUGAGCGCCAAGACAGGAGAGGGCGUGGAUCAGCUCCUGGAGACGAUCAUGCUUCUGGCCGAGAUUCAGGAGCUUCGUGCCAACCCGAAUAGACCGGCAGUGGGCACGGUGAUAGAGGCACGGCUGGACCGGCACAGAGGGCCCGUGGCAACGCUGCUGGUGCAGAACGGCACGCUGAGAGUGGGAGAUGUGGUGGUGUGCGGGGAGGCGUAUGGCAAGGUUCGAGCCCUGGUGAACGACAGUGGGAGCAGGACAAAAGAAGCCGGCCCCUCAGCGGCAGUACAGGUGGAGGGGCUCUCACGUGUGCCAGUGGCAGGGGACGAGUUCCUCGUGCUGCCAUGCAUUGAUGCAGCCCGGGCCAUGGCGGAGGAAGCUGCUGAGAAGGCGCGGGCUGCUCGGCUGGCAGCGAUGCAGGGAGAGGCGAAAGUAACGCUCUCUGCUUUCGCCACUGCUGCUGGCGCAGGUUCUGGUUCUGAUACUGCUGGUUUUGCUGCUGCUGCUGCCGCUGGUGCUGCUGCUGGUGCUGCUGGUGGUGUUGGUGUUGGUGCGGCUGCAAAGGCAGCAGCGACAGGAGAGGGAGGAGCAGGCGGAGGAGCGGAGGGGGAGGAGGUGGAACUACACGUGGUGAAUGUGGUUCUAAAGGUGGACUGCCAGGGGUCUGUGGAGGCGAUCAGAGAGGCUUUAAGUGCUCUGCCUCAGGACACCGUGUCUCUGCAUGUCCUGCUGCAGGCCCCUGGUGACGUGUCAAGCAGUGACAUUGACCUGGCAGCGUCCAGCUCAGCGGUCGUGCUGGCGUUCAAUGUGGGCGUGUCGCCAGCUGUCGCAGCAGCGGCGGAUAUGAGGGGAGUGCAAGUGAGGCAGUACCGGGUGAUCUACGAUGUGGUGGAGGAGGUUCGAGCGAUUAUGGAGGGGCUGCUACACACUGUAGAGGAGAGUUCGUUCCUCGGCCGGGCAGAAGUGCGGGCAGUUUUUGGCACGGGCAGCACGCGGGUGGCAGGAGUAAUGGUGACCGAGGGGCGGCUGCAAAAGGGAUGCACCAUUGUAGUGAGGCGUGGUGGGGGGAGGGGUGGUAGUGGGAGGGGAGGGGGUGCUGGUGCAAUGGCGGCUGAACAAGAGAGAAGCAAGAGCGUGAAGGGGAAGAGAGAGAAGGUCGGUGAAGCAUUGGGAAUAAAGCAGCAGCAGAAGCAGCAGCUGCAACAGCAUUUGGAGGGUCGCUGGGUGCACUCAGGGCAGGUGACGUCUCUUCGGCGGGUGAAGGAGCAUGUGGGGGAGGUGGUAUCUGGGUUGGAGUGUGGCGUGGGUACGGAGGGCUUUAACGGGUGGCAGCAGGGUGACUAUAUCGAAGCCUAUGAGGUGACACACAGGGCUCGGACGCUAGAGGAUGCGUCUAAAGAGAUUGCACGAGUAGUGGAAGGCAAAAGAGGGACCAUGGGAAUGGAAUUGUCCUAG